GUCAAAAUACAUCCCAUGUACCGACAAACCUCUCUCUCUCUCUCUCUUUCUCUCUCACAGUCUCGCUUUGUUGUUUUCGUACUUCUGCAAAAUCUCUCUGCUUUAUCUGUCUAUAUCGAUACGUUGGUACACGUAUAUAUGCACACACAUACAAGUUUUGUCCGUAAAAUCCAAACCCUAGAUAACGAUCUUUGAAUGUUCGGAUCCAAAUCGACGAUCAGCAUUACUACUAGACGGUUUGAUUGAAGUUAAUAGAAGAGAGAUUUGGGCCUUUUUUCUUCUUCGGGAUCGAUUUCAGAGAAAGAAAUGUAUAAGAACCAGCUUCAAGAGCUGGCUCAGAGGAGCUGCUUUAACUUGCCGUCGUAUACGUGUAUCAGAGAAGGUCCAGAUCACGAGCCUCGUUUCAAGGCCACUGUUAACUUCAACGGCGAUACAUAUGAGUGCCGGAACUACUGCACGACGCUGAGACAGGCGGAGCAUUCCGCCGCUGAGGUGGCUCUCAAUUCGCUUGCUACCCAUGGCCCCUCUAAUUCUUUAGCUGCUAAAAUACUGGAUGAAACAGGGGUGUACAAGAACCUUUUGCAAGAGGUGUCUCAAAGGGUAGGAUCGUCAUUGCCAACAUACACAACCACUAGAUCGGGACUUGGGCAUUUCCCUGUGUUCACCUGCACUGUAGAUUUGGCUGGUUGCAUAUUUACAGGUGAAGCAGCUAAGAACAAGAAGCAAGCUGAAAAAAACGCAGCCAUGUCUGCUUGGUUAUCUCUAAAACUCUUGGCCCAACAAUCAGAAACUUUUUCAUUACAAAAGGGUAACAUUGAGAUUGAGGAGCAAGAACAUGUCACAGUAGCUCGUGCUUUACAGAAGUUUAGGUUAAAGGCAAAAAUGACUAAUAUACCCUUUCCAAUCAGGUUUCCAACACCAAAACCAAAACUAGCUACUACACAAUCACCUCAAUCGUCUACAACAACUUCAAAAAUCCUUCCUUUAAUAUGCCCUAAAACUACCACAACCCGGCCCCACAAGUUCCCUGCAGCUGAAGCACCACCAUAUGUUCCUGUGGGCCACUUCAUGGCUCAUUGUAGGAUCGCGCCACCUGUCACUAUACGUAACACGAUUCCUGUUUUCUCUGCUCUGCCGCCACGAAUGGGUGUUGCACCACCGCCACCGCCGCCUAAUCAGCUUUUUCCGGUGACUAUCCGGCGAACUGUCAUUGAAGAUGUUGUGAAGCCAUUAAAGGAAGAGGAGAGAAGUUGA